AUCCAAUGAAAUAAUCCGGUUCUUCAAUACACGGCAAACUAUGGAGAAUGUUAACUUCCGGACAUUUCAGAUUCAAUUCACUUGCAUCCUAUCUUAUUUCUACCAAAACAUUGGGAGUGUAUUAGCAGGUGUAAUGUAAAAGGAAUUACCAGGACAAUGACGUCGAGGUGGUUUAGCUAAAGACAUGAAAGUUUUCGGACGAAGAUUUUCUGUUUUGAAACUCUCCUUUAUUGUGUUUAUUUUCUUUGCUGUUUCCACUGUACUAUUUAUAUAUUAUCUGGAUAUACUCAGGAGGCAAGCCGCAGUCAAUUUCAUAGAAAAUGUAGCGAAUUUAGUCCCCGAAGAAAGGAAAGAAAAACUCAUUAUAGUAAAUCAAGUCCCACCUUUUAUAAAAGCAAAAGAGCAAUUGUAUUACAUGGCUCUGGAAAACGCCAGAUUUAGAGAGCAGGAGAAACAGGGCUCUCUCGCUCCUAUCACUUCUAGGCCUGGUGAUGUUAAUUACAAUGUCCAUGUUUUUUACUACCCCUGGUAUGGAAAUCCGGAGCACGAUGGAAAGUACCACCACUGGAACCACCCGUAUCUUUCCCACUGGGACAAAGUGGAGGCAGCAAAGUGGCCAUCUGGAACACAUGUGCCCCCUGAUGACAUUGGAGCAAACUUCUAUCCUCAGCUGGGCCCUUACAGCUCAAGUGACCCUAAAGUGGUCGAGGACCAUAUGAAACAAAUCCAGUUGUCUGGAGCAGGGGUUUUAGCUGUGUCUUGGUAUCCUCCAAAAGAUGCAGACAAUGAGGGAACACCUUCAGACAAACUAAUUCCACUCAUUCUGGAUACGGCUAACAAAUAUAAUUUAAAGGUGGCAUUCCACAUAGAACCUUUUAAAGGCAGAAACCACAAAACCCUAAAAACUAACAUAGAGUAUAUAAUGGACACUUACGGAACACACCCAGCCUUUUACAAACACUAUGAUAGAGUAAAAAGGAAGCUUCUACCAGUUUAUUACAUAUAUGACUCAUAUCUCGUUAAAUCGUCCGAUUGGGCUGAGCUAUUCACAUCUGGUGGAUCAAUAUCCAUCAGAAACACGGAAUACGAUGGCAUUUUUCUUGGCCUUCUUGUGGAGAGACAGCACAAGGAGAAUGUCGCCAGUGCUGGGUUUGAUGGAUACUAUACUUACUUUGCCACAGAUGGAUUUACUUACGGCAGUACUUGGAAGUACUGGCGAGAGAUCAUGAAGUACGCCAGAGGGAGAAAGAUGCUGUUCAUUCCCAGUGUGGGGCCAGGGUAUAUUGACACCAGGGUAAGGCCAUGGAACGGCAAGAACACCCGAUCUCGAGAGGAUGGCCAGUAUUACAAGCACUCUCUACAGAGCGCAGUAGACGUUAACCCUUCCUUUAUAUCUGUUACGUCUUUCAAUGAGUGGCACGAGGGAACUCAGAUAGAAGCUGCCGUUCCGAAAGUUACAAGUGACUUUACUUACUCGGAUUACGGAUCUCAAGGACCGCAGUACUACCUUAAUAUUACAAGACAGCAUGUCUCAAAAUUCAAAAAGGACAAUUGAUUAUAUAUCUUGACUUUAUGUAUUGCAGAAUUAAAAGUCCCUGGUAUUUUA